UAAGCAAACUUCCCAUGUUUAAACCUUCUUCUCGGGAUAUCAAUCCGACAGACCUUGUGCUUCUAGAAGUUCCAACCCCAAAUGCUCACACUGUUUAGAGGUCUCAGGUGUGCUGGGUGUGGUAUCUCUAGCUCAGGGCUACUGAAAAUGGAUCUUGGGAAAGCAGCAUCAGCACCAGCAGGAAACUUUAGUUAAAGACUCGUUUCACGGGUUCCACCUCAAACCUCCAGAUUCAUAACUUCUUAGACUGGGGCCAUGAUCCCAAAGAUUUUCUUCAUUUUCAAGGUUCAGAAAAAAACCAUUCAGCCAGGUGGUGUCCCAUCAAGAUCACGUGACCAGUGUUAAGAAAUGACCUCACCGGUACCCUCCUCACAGACUUCUCAAUUGGCCCCGUGUGAACAUCAGUGUGGCUUUUAGGAAGUGGCUCUAGGGAAUUGUAAGGGGAGGCCCAGGUUAAGCACAUGGCUUUCUGGGUAUGAUUGUGAGUUCAGACCAUGCUUUAGUCCGAGGACAGGCAACAAGUUCUACUCUCCAUGGGCUUUGAAGGAGCAAGUCAGUGCAACCCACACACUGCAUGUUGGCAGAAUUUGUGGGGGUAUUUAUAUGAAGAGAGAAGUGUUGACAACAAGGAAAAGCCCAUAGAUUGAUCACAUAGGAGCUGAUUGUUCCCAAAUCUCUCCUGAGACAAAAGACAGGAGAGUGUGGCCUUUUCAGCUUUUCAAUGUCCUUCUGCCUGUAGGUAUGUUGGGAGCAGGCAAGGAGCUAUGCUGACACCUUUGAAGGCGCAAUCUCACGAAUCUAUUGUGAUUCUUCCACAUAACCUUGAUGAGAAAAUGAUCCAGGGCAGGAGGAAGAAGAGGAAGAAAUGGCAGCUUCUCAGUCCUCUUUGUGGAGUAAAGGAAGAAUCCCUGGGCUAGGUGUGAAUGAAUGAAGCAGAUGACACAGAGAGCCAAGAUUUUGGCAAAAACAUCCCCAGAGAAGAGGCAGAGCAGGAGGAAGAAGAUGAAAUGGCAGCUUCACAGGGACGGCUGACGUUCCAGGAUGUGGCCAUAGACUUCACCCAAGAGGAGUGGGAAUGCCUGGACCUUGGUCAGCGGGAAUUGUACAGGGACGUGAUGUUACAGAACUACAGGAACCUGGCCUCCUUGGCAGGUUUUGUGGUCUCUAAGCCAGACCUGGUCACCUUUCUGGAACAAAUGAAGUAUCCCAGGAAUAUAAGGAAAGUUGAGACAACAGCCAUAUACACAGCUAUGUCUCCACAAGAUACCCAGAAUUUGAUGCCAAAAAAUCCAGGGUUAAAAGAUUUAUUCUCAAAAGCAAACCUACAAAUAUAUGAAAGAUUUCACCUCAGAAACUUAAAUUUAAUGAAAAACUGGGAAUAUAUGAGGGCAUAUGAAAGACAGAGAGGAUAUUUAUAUGCAUAUAAAGAAAUUGAGACAGUUACACAUAAUACGAACAUUACUGCAAAAACAUAUGAGCAACAUGAGUCGAAUUGGGAAAAACACCAAUUUCAGUCUUCAACAUCUGCCAAGAAGUAUAAGAUUUUAAGAAAAGAUUUACAUCAUUUUUUGAGACAUACAUGUUCUCUGAAGGGAAACGUUGAAAAUUUGGAAGAUAAUCUAGUCUCUACUGCAAAUACUUGUUCAAAAAAUUCUCAAUAUAGGCUUAGAUUAAACAAACAUUCAAGCGUGUCUGAACACCAGAAAUUUAACAAUGAGGGGGAAAACCCACAAUAUAAUGAAUUUGAGGGAUCCGUGAGCAGGGGGUCAUUAUUCUUCCCCCAAAAGAUAUUUUUUCUCCAUUCCAAGAUGUAUAAUGUUGAUAAUAAUGGAAGAGAUAUAACCCAACCAUCAUUGUUCAAUACAUAUCAUGAUAUGGUUAAUACGGAACAACUUUCCAUGUGUAAUAAAAUGAGUCAGGCCUUAAGUGAGUGCUCCAGCCCCAAUAAUUACCAGAAUAUUUAUGAUGGAGUGAGAGGGUAUUCAGGCAAUGAAACUGGGUGUAAAGUUGAACGAGACUUACUUAUGAAACAUCAGGGACCUGAAUCUUCACAGAAGGAUUCUAAAAGUAAUAAAUGUAGAAAUAUCUUUUAUCAGAUAUCAGGUCUUCCUCUAUGUAAGAGUACUCAUACUGGAAUGAAGACUUAUAACUGUAGUGAAUAUGGUAAAAAUUCUAAUCUGUCUUCAGAAUUUAUUCAAAAGCAGACUAUUCAGAAUCCACAGAAAGAAAACAAGUGUAAGAUAUGUGGGAAAGUCUUUAGUAAGUCAUCCAAUCUAAGUAAACAUUGGAAAAUCCAUACAGGAAGGAAACCUUUCAAAUGUACAGAUUGUAGCAAAGCGUUUAACUGUCGUUCACGUCUUACUCAACAUCAGCGAAUUCACACUGGAGAGAAACCUUAUAAAUGUAUAGAAUGUGGCAAAGCCUUUAUUUACAAUUCAAGUCUUAUUCAACAUCAGGGAAUUCAUACUGGAGAGAAACCUUAUAAAUGUACAGAAUGUAGCAAAGCGUUUAUCCGUCACUCAUUUCUUACUCAGCAUCAGCGAAUGCAUACUGCAGAGAAACCUUAUAAAUGUACGGAAUGUGGCAAAGCCUUUAAUCGCAACUCAACACUUUCUCAGCAUCAGCGAAUGCAUACUGCAGAGAAACCUUAUAAAUGUACGGAAUGUGGCAAAGCCUUUAAUCGCAACUCAACACUUUCUCAGCAUCAGCGAAUUCAUACUGGAGAAAAACCUUAUAAAUGUAAAGAUUGUGGCAAAGCUUUUAUCCGAUGUUCAUAUUUUACUGAACAUCAGCGAAUUCAUACUGGAGAAAAACCUUAUAAAUGUAAAGACUGUGACAAAGCCUUUAUCCGUUGCUCACGUCUUACUGAACAUCAGCGAAUUCACACUAGGGAGAGACCUAAUCAUUUUACAGAAUGUGGCCAAACCUUUAUUCAGAGUUCAACUUUAACUGAACAUCAUCGAAUCCAUGCUGGGGAGAAACGAUACAAAUGUAAAGAAUGUGGCAAAACCUUUAUUACAAGUUCAUAUCUUACUAAACAUCAGCAAAUCCAUACUGGGGAGAGACGGUAUAAAUGUACAGAAUGUGGCAAAGCCUUUACUCGGAGCUCAAAUCUUACUCAACAUCAGCGAAUUCAUACUGGAGAGAAACCUUAUAAAUGUACAGAAUGUGGCAAAGCCUUUAAUCAGAACUCAAGUCUUACUCAACAUCAGCGAAUGCAUACUGGAGAGAAACCCUACAAAUGUGAAGAAUGUGGCAAAGCCUUUAAUCACAACUCAAUUCUUACUCAACAUCAGCGAAUUCAUACUGGGGAGAGACCUUAUCAUUGUACAGAAUGUGGCCAAGCCUUUAUUCGAAGUUCAGCUUUAACUGUACAUCAUCGAAUCCAUACUGGGGAGAAACCAUACAAAUGUACAGACUGUGGCAAAGCCUUUUAUACGAGUUCAGAUCUUUCUAAACAUCACCGAAUUCAUAUGGGGGACAAACGUUAUAAAUGUACAGAAUGUGACAAGGCCUUUAUUAACAGUUCUAGUCUUACUAAACAUCAGCAAAUCCAUCCUGGGGAGAGACCAUAUAAAUGUACAGAAUGUGGCAAAGCCUUUAAUCAGAACUCAAUUCUUACUACACAUUUGCAAGUUCAUACUGGAGAGAAACCUUAUAAAUGUACAUAAUGUGGCAAAGCCUUUAGUCAUAAUGGUCAUCUCACUAAACAUCUGAAAACACACACCGGAGAGAAACCCUAGUAAUGGAACAAGUGAUGCGCCCUAAACAUGCAUCAGAAAACACAAGAGUUUAUGCAAGAAACCUAUGGAAAUGAUGUCACAAAUAUGUAGAAAGGUAUUUAAUCAAAAAUCAAAAAUAAAUAUCAGAGACUACAUACUAGAAAGCUUUUCAUCAAUCCUCUUUUCUGAAGUUUCUAUGAAGGAGAAUUACUGUAGAGAGCAAUCCAUAGUUAAAACACAUAGAAAAUGGGUAUAUUAGCAUGUAUCAUGAGAUGAAGAUUGAUGAUUCAAAAAUUAAAAUUAUUAGCAAUGUAUCCUUGUUUAUAAUCACAUGAUUUGGAUUAUUUGAAAACCAAAAUGAAUGUAAUUCAAUGUUCAAAUAAUGCAUAAUGUUUUUCAUUUCUAGUGUGAAUGAAUACAUAGGUUUUUGAUGGUUUAUGCUUCAAAAAUUAGCCUUUUUAUAUUGUGUUGAAACCAUUUCUAUCUAUUCUCCAUUAGAAGAUGAAGGAUACUGUAAUGUAAAAUGGACAAUGACCAUCUAAAUGGGGGUGUUUGUCAUUGAUGUGAAAUAUCCCUGGAGUUGUCAUGAUGUAAGUGAUCGUGGAAUCUUUCCAUGUAUUAAAGUAAGACAGAUGGUGGUUCUAAAUUUUCAGUAGUUAUAUCACUUGAUUUGUAAGCAGAACACAAUGACAGUUCACGGCAAUAUUGAUAUAUGUUUAUAAUAUCAACACAAGUCAUGAAUAUUACUUGACAAUGUUAGGACAGCUUCUGUGAUAACCUAGAAAUGUAUUAGAAACCCUUCCUGGAAAAGGCAUGUAACUAGUGUAUAUCAUGUUUACUAAGUGUUUCCUAGGCUAUGUUUUGUAAGCAGUAAAAAUACAAUCUUUACAGCAUUAUAUGAGAAAAUGAAUAUCUUUCUUUGUACUUCUCAUCUGUAUGUAAUUUGUAAAAGGUUUUAUUUCAACUAUGUGUGAAAUUAAUACAUGGUUAUUAAUAAAAGUGAAUGGUUUUUAGUGUUUCA